AUGGCAAUUUUAUCUGAAGAGAGAAGAGGAGAGGGACCAAAAUGUCACCACUGUCAACACUGUGACAAAUCCUUCACAAGAUCUGGAUAUUUAAAGAUUCAUCAGAGAGUUCACACUGGAGAGAAUCUACACAGCUGUGAUCAAUGUGGGGCAGCUUUCACACUGAAGAGUAUCCUAAUAAUUCAUCAACGCAGACACACUGGAGAGAGGCCGUACAGCUGUGAUCUAUGUAGUAAAACCUUUUCUAGGAGGGAUAGGCUAGUAGUCCACCGAUGUGUUCACACCGGAGAGAAACCGUACCGAUGUGAACAAUGUGGCAAAACCUUUACUUAUAAAAGUGGCUUUAAACGUCACCAGCGCAUUCACACUGGAGAGAAGCCGUACAGCUGUGAUCUUUGUGGUAAAACCUUUUUUUGGAGUGAUAACCUUAAAGACCACCAGCGCAUUCACACUGGAGAAAAGCCGUUCUGGUGUGAACAAUGUGGGAAAGUGUUUUCUCGGAGUAGUAACCUUAAAGAACACCAGCGCAUUCACACUGGAGAAAAGCCGUUCUGGUGUGAACAAUGUGGGAAAGUGUUUUCUCGGAGUAGUAACCUUAAAGAACACCAGCGCAUUCACACUGGAGAAAAGCCGUUCUGGUGUGAACAAUGUGGGAAAGUGUUUUCUCAGAGUAGUGGCCUUAAAAUACAUCAGUGCAGUCACACUGGAGAGAAGCCGUACAGCUGUGAUCUAUGUGGUAAAACCUUUUCUGAGAGCGGUGGCCUUAAAUCUCACCAGCAUGUUCACACCGGAGAGAAGCCGAAAUAGUCUGAACAGGUACAUUAGCUUUAAAUAAGCAAAAUUACAAAGAGACAUAUGAAAAUGCAGCUUCAAGAAAAAACAAACAAUAUCUAUCUAUCAACAGUAUCUAGAUAGAUACAGUGAGGAAAAUAAGUAUUUGAACACCCUGCUAUUUUGCAAGUUCUCCCACUUAGA